CCAAACCAAACCAAAUCUAAUAUAGUUUGGUAGAAUUAUAAUUUAGCUUUGAAUUCAUUCUUAAGGAAAUUAUAUUUACUCCUUUAAGAAAAUAAGUUUCAUUUUUAGUCCAUUUAAGUUAAAUUGGUUAUGGUAUUUUUGAUAUUUGAAAAUAACUAUUUAACCAAAUCAAAGGAAAAUUCCAGUUUUUGAGUUAAUAUUUUCAACUUGGUUUAGGUCUAAAAGGUUCGGUUUAACUUAAACAUACAAUAGACAUUCAAUACCUUUUAGUAAGUAGAAUUAAUUUUACAUCUUUAUAAAUCAUCUAUUUAUUUCUUUCUUUUGACUAGUAUUAAUUUCCAAAAUUUGAUCUCUUUUCAUCUCUAUAUAAAUGAUUCCCGCGUUAAUCUUUCUUCAUACACUCAGCAACAUUUAAAGUCUUAAAGAGAAAAAUUAAAAUCAAAGAGUGGCCAUGACAAGAAAGAAAGUAAAACUUGCAUGGAUUGAUAAUGACAAGUCAAGAACAACAAGUUUGCAAAAAAUGAGGGUAGGAUUACUGAAAAAGGUAAAAGAGCUAACCAUAUUGUGUGCUGUAAAAGCUCUUGUAAUCAUUUUCAUCCCUAAUAAGGUUCAUCCAACGGUGUGGCCAUCUGUUGAAGCGACUCAUGGUCUCCUAUGCGAAUUUUUUGCUUCACCGAGGUUCAUGCAGAUUAAAAAGGAGACAAAUGUUGAAUCCUACAUAAAAGAGAAGACACAGAAGAUUCAAGAACAAUUGAUGAAGAGUAAUAAGAAGAACAAGGAGUAUGUCAUUAAUGAGCUGAUGAUGCAACUACAAAACGGUUGUAGAAUUGAUGAUCUUAACCUAAGUGAGAUGUAUGCCUUGUUAUCUUUUUCAAGGGAUACUAUCUUACUUUGUAGGAAGAAACUAGAUUUCAUGCAGUUUCCUCCUCUUCGCGAUCCACCAGUGUUUCCAUUUGAAACACAAGUUGAAGAGUUUAAGACCAUCACAAAUGAUAUUUUUGUAGGAGGCGGUCAAGAUAAUGAGAGAGCUGGAAAGACAGAUGAAGCAACAAGAAGAAUCAACGUUGAUAUUUUCAAGGAGAGUAAAAGUUAUUACUUAUUUGAUCAAUGGGUUUUCCCUCCCAGCCCACCUAAACCUGCAAUAUAUCAACAAAUAGGGAACGAAAAUCCAAACCCUGAAAGUUAUUGUCUGUAUCAAGAAAGCAAUAGCAAUGGCAACCCUCAUUUGGUAAUGGAUCCACUUCGUCUCCAAAUGAUGACUUCCCAUGGUUUCGUUGGGCCAGUCUCUCAACCUUUACAACAUCAUAACAUGAUCGAUAAUCCAGUGAUGGCUAUGAAUCAACCAAAGCAAAAUCCUUUUGAUUUCAUGAGUCAUGAGCUGGAAAUAAACGAGGAAGGAAGCAACAUUAACAACUCGCAAUUUUAUAGGAGCAACAAUACUACAACGACUAAUGAUGGUUUUCGCCAAGAACCAUCUCUUAAUGGAACAACUGCUUCUGAAAAUAAUGUUGAUGCGACAGCAUUCAAUAUCAACAUGGGUUGGCCUGAUUUUAACAAUCAUCAUUUCUAAAUUUUUGAUUCGGUUUAUGUUCUAAGUUUGGUAUGCAUUUAUCUUUAAAAUCUUUUUUUUUUUGUUAUUUUAAAAUGGUGUUUGUGUGGUUUUUAUCUUUCUUUUU